UGGAAGGAUGACAAACUGCCAACUUGUCAUAUUUGUUUUACGUCAACUGUCUUUUUAAUGGUGGAAAAAUCGAGGCAAGCAAGCCGAGAUCUUAAAAAUCUAAAUAAUCGCUUGAAGGAGCAGAUACAAAUUUGAAAAUACAAACAUGGGUUUCCAAAACAUCUGGUACUCUCACCCUCGCAAAUACGGACAAGGAUCUAGGUCCUGCCGUGCGUGUUCCAACAGACACGGUUUGAUCCGCAAAUAUGGUCUGAACAUCUGCCGCCAGUGUUUCAGGGAGUACGCAGCUGAUAUUGGAUUCAAAAAGGUAUGUUUCAUAUGGCCAUACAACGAUUUAUGUUGUAGCUGUGCUUUGUUGAGUCUCUUUACAGUGACGUUGAUAUGCUGAGAAAGUACAGUACCCUACAGCGUGGACAAAAGUUGUUUUUCUCAGUUUACACAGACUACAAACCAACAUGAUUAUUAUUAAUCUCAAAACAAGAGUAGAGCUGAAGCUGUAAAACUUAGAAGUACAAGGCAUGAUAAUAUAAAAACUGCAAACUGGCUUUAUGCAAACAUUAAUUUAAGCUGGACUAACUGGGGAAGAUGUGGAAGUUUAAUGUUAAGCAUUUGUAUGUUAUAAUGAAUUAUAAAUAAAACAUUUAUAAUAACA